GACCUGUCAGCGUUGUAGAAUAAGCUGUCACUGACACUGCUCAUAAUUUGUCUGUCCUUCUGGAAACGUUAGUUUCAGUUUUCGGUCAACAAAACGGCGGGCGUCUGACUUACAGAAUUGUUCGUACUUCCCGUUGUUGCUGGUGUCAGCUAACCAGCGCACUAACGGCUAAAGAUGGAGGCCCAAAGCUCCAGCGAGAUGUUGCUGUCCAGAAAGAGAAGAAGAGAGGCCUCCAAUCGGGAGACUGAAGAGGGAGAGAGGCUUGGGAAAAUCCCCAGAUGUACUGUGGGAUUGAAGCACCCUGCACCUUUUGCAGAUGAGUUGGAGCCAGCUGUUAAUAAACCCUACGUGAGAGUCAACAUGGAGGAGGCGAAGAGGGGAACUCAUCUUGACAGACCGGUGCGGGUGUAUGCAGAUGGUAUCUUUGACGUUUUCCACUCGGGUCACGCCAGAGCACUCAUGCAGGCUAAAUGCCUCUUCCCGAAUACACACCUCAUCGUAGGAGUGUGCAGUGAUGACUUGACCCACAAAUACAAGGGCUUCACAGUGAUGAAUGAGGAUGAGCGAUACGAUGCCAUCAGUCAUUGCCGCUAUGUGGAUGAAGUGGUGCGGAACGCUCCCUGGACGUUAACGCCAGAGUUCCUUGCAAAACAUCGCAUUGACUUUGUGGCCCACGACGACAUCCCAUACUCCUCAGCAGGCAGUGAUGACGUGUACAAGCACAUCAAGGAAGCCGGUAUGUUCGCUCCCACCCAGCGGACAGAGGGCAUCUCCACCUCUGACAUCAUCACACGCAUAGUCCGUGAUUACGACGUGUACGUCAGACGCAACCUGCAGAGAGGAUACACAGCGAAGGAACUCAACGUCAGCUUCAUUAAUGAGAAGAAGUACCAUCUGCAGGAGCGCGUGGACAAAGUGAAGAGGAAGGUACGUGACGUGGAGGAGAAGAGCAAAGAGUUCGUCCAGAAGGUGGAGGAGAAGAGCAUCGACCUCAUCCAGAAAUGGGAGGAGAAAUCCAGAGAAUUCAUCGGCAACUUCCUGCAGAUGUUUGGCCCUGAGGGCGCUCUGAAGCACAUGCUGAAGGAAGGGAAGGGCCGCAUGCUGCAGGCCAUCAGCCCGAGGCAGAGCCCCAACAGCAGCCCCACCCGUGAGGAGCGCUCCCCCUCUCCCACCUUCCGCCUCCCCUUCUUCGCCAAGACCUCCCCACCUCCCUCGCCUCCGCCCCACCACAGCGGAGCCCGCGGAUACCUCAUCAGCGAGGACGACGACGAAGAAGACGAAAACUAGAGCACACUGGAAUCCAUCGCUGUGGUCGGGCCGCAGUCACACGUUACAAGUUAACUGAGCUGUUGAGCAACAUGGUUUUCAUCGAGCUCCUGCUUCCAUUUGUUUGUUUGUUUAUGAUUUAACUUUUUUUUAGAACUUGGUACCUGUAAUAGCAAGUUUCUCCACAGCUCUUGUUUUUAACAGCAUUUUGUCCUCUUUUGUUUAUGUGUAACAUAAGGUCAGUAGAAGAUACCACUAGUCACCAGAGGUCUUUGAAAAGUAGUCUCAUUUAUCUCAGCCACUUUUGAUGUUGAGUUAGUCGCUCACUGUCACUUAGGAGUAUUUGCAGGGAUGCACUCUUCCAUCUAUGACGGUAUUCUUAAAGUUGGCGUUGUAGUGCGGUAGAGGUUUGUGCUUUUGUUUUUGUCAUGGCUUUUAGCGGGAGGGCUCGUAAGCUUUUGGUCACUUGCUGGAACAGCACAUCUGCUUUGUUGUGGGAGAGGUGAGCUGAGAGCUUGUGAAUACACGGUUGAAUAUCUCCGGGGAGAUGUCUUCAGAGCAGGUCCGAAAGACUGGACGUUGAAACGAUCUGCUCAUGUGGGGCAGUUUAUAUUCUGCUCAUACUAACAAGAAACCAACAUGACAGUUUUUAGAAAAAAACAGGAAAACUCUGGAUUAUGUCAAAUCUGAGCUGAACCUGGGAGUCGAGUUAUACGUCUACUAAACUGCAGCUUUUUCCCAAGUUUGUCUGCCUGCUUCGGGGUUAUGCGUGUAUGUGCAUGUGAUGUUUGUGCGUGCAAGCUCUUACGUCGGCAUGUUCGAAACGUCUUUGUCGACCAUCUGAUGACAGAUCUGGGUUCAGCUUUGACUUUACUGCAUAUAGUAAUCAAUUUGCUUUUAAAAAUGUUUUUGUCUGUGGACAAGAAUCAGUCUUUGGAAGACUAGUUUUAAACUGGACGCCUUUUCUCGUGGCGUGAAAAGAAAGUCUCUCAAGGACGACCCAUUUAAAUGUUAAUGUAGAAAUACUUAUUUUUGUAGAUUUCAUCCGUCUUUAUCCUCUGUACAGAUGAUGAUCUUAAUCAAAAAGAUUAACAUCAUUAAUCUCUGUUUAGAAGUGCUUUGACAGUUUGAGCAGUGAAUCAACAUGAGCCAGGCUGGAGUUGUAUGUUAUAUUUUUCUUUUUUUGUAAUGCAGACCCUGCAUCACCUGGCCCUGUAGGGAAGACAUAAUGUUCAUCUGUUACACACAAUAGGAAGUGUUAAGUUUUAAUAUAUCAAAGAAGACCUGAGAACUGUCUAAAUGCCCUACUUUCGCAUAAGAAAUGACCAUUUACGGUUUGCUGUGAGUCAUAAGCACACUUUUAUGAAUAAGGCCUCCUCAUUAGUAGCACACAUGCAUGGCAAAAUAAAAAAGGCCGUCCCAAACAUUUAGGGCUUUGGGAUUUUCCAAAUAUUUCACCAGUCUGCAGGACUUCUGCUUAACUGAACUUUGCGACAGUUCGAAGUUUACUGCACUGUGUCACGUAGUGGUGUAAGCGGUUAAAAAUUAUGUAUCAAUGAAACUCCAGAUCAACGUUUAUGUAGCUACCUCCUUCCCUGAACUGAUUUUGUUUCUUGAGAUGAGCACAAUGUAAGAGCAUUGUUUCCUUUCUGGUCGGAGCCAUUGUUGCAGCACUGAAACGAUGCGUCUGGGUCAAAUAUUUGAUAUUUUCCGGCCUCAGUGUGUUUGUCCUGCAUCUCCGGUGAUUAACGCAUGUGUUGUGUCUCCUAUAUAACUGAAAAAUGAAACAUCACAGCUGAUCUGAAGAUGUAAUGCAAUACUGUGAGAUGACUCUAAUAUAAAUGUUGACAGAUGUCCGAUUUAUCUGUUCUAGGCUUGGUUUCCCAAAAAGUACUUAUGGUUUAAAUAAAUCUUUGUUGCAGCGACAAAGACUCGGCCUCUAUUCUUGUGGCUGUAAAUCAGAUUUUAAGGUUAGGAAAUAAGUCUGUUUCCCAGUUAUUAAUUCCUACUUUUGGAAUUAAAAAUACAAAACCUGUAUAAUUUGCUGAGCAAAUCCAGCCGUGAUUUUGGUGCUAAGCUACUUUUGGGAACUCUCGCCUCGAUUCUUGUGGAAUCUGUUCCUUUAAAUCAGUGUGAACGACUCGGUAAGAGCAUGUCCACGAGUUCAAGGUGGCAAAGACGAUAAGCCAAUAACGGUCACUACUGCUAUAUACACAAAUAAAUGUUUUAAUCAUGUAUUAUUUUACUGUAUGAGGUUAUUUUUGUUUUUAGUCCUGAUGUAGAGGAAAAGCAAGACAGGAAAAAUGUAUUAAACAUGUUGGCCAAAGCAUUUCUUUAA